UACCGCAGUUACAACCCCGACGGGAGGGCGGCCGAGACGGUGGGACGUGUCUUCAAAACUUUUUUUAAAGACCGGAAACGUCGAGUUUACCGUCAGGAACAACGCCUCCAAACUAGUAAAGUGGGGGAUUUUGUUUGUUUUUUGAGUAAUGCUCAGCGUGGUGUGCGAAUUUGCUGCUCUCACUCCACGCUUUAUACACACAAUCCGAAUGGAACGGCAGGAAGAUGAAAGUUUCAGGGUGACAGGGGAAAGAGGAACAACUACCAAGAAGUCCACAACAAGAAAAUAAUUGAAUUUUAAAAAGCAAAGAUUGAGAGUGCUGGCGAGGAAACGAGGAGAGAAGAUGCACUUGAUGCCCUUGGAGACGUGAUGUGUUGGCUAAAGUCUCGAACAGUGGCAGCAGCUUCACAUAAACUUGGACACAUGCACUAUUGGUGAUAUUUCCAGUCCAGCUGUUAUGCUGUAACGUGGCAGAAUGGGUGAUAUUCGCAUUCGGAUACCAGGCUGAUAGAUUGGAUCUUGCAUUUUUGGAAACAAGAGCCAUUUCUGAUAUUGAUGACACGUUUUACAGCCAACAACAUAUUGUUUGGGCAAUCUUGAUGCUAUUUUCACGCUUUUAAGGACAUUUGAAUGGUUGGCAGUAGUGAAGGUUAAUUGUUUGAUCUUAUUUCGGUGACUUUUAUUUCCAUGCGUCGCUGUCUGGGUGGAGUUUUUUUCUUUUUGGCUAGUAAUUUCAAGACCUGCAGUUGAAGUUGCAUGAGUUUAUUUGUGGUUCUGUUGGUGGUCAAUGUGGAGGGAGGGUGGUGUGGCGGUGCGGUGCACGGCAUGGCUCAAGGUAGUCGGUGGAGGGCGAGUUGCAAGCUGACUGGCAAGAGCAAGAUGUCGAAGAGAGAGACCAGGAGCGUACGCUCCAACCUGUUGCAAGACAAGCCGGCGCGGCCGCACGCCAGCAACAGGCUCAAGACCACCAAGUACUCGGUCAUCUCAUUCCUCCCCAAGAACCUCUUCGAGCAGUUCCACCGCUUCGCCAACGUCUAUUUCGUCUUCAUCGCCCUGCUGAACUUUGUGCCCGUCGUUGGAGCCUUCCAACCCGAGUUAGCCCUGGCCCCCGUGGUCUUCAUCCUAGCAGUGACUGCCUUCAAAGACCUUUGGGAGGACUACAGGAGGUACAGGUCCGACCAGGAGAUCAACCACAUGGACUGCCUCAUCUACUGCAGGAAUGAGAAAAAGUACGUGGAAAAAUAUUGGAAAGAGGUUCAAGUUGGGGAUUUUGUCCGCUUGCGGUGCAAUGAAAUCAUUCCCGCCGACAUCCUGCUGCUCUCCUCCAGCGAUCCCGAUGGUCUCUGCCACAUUGAAACAGCCAACCUGGAUGGAGAAACCAACCUCAAGCAGCGACAGGUUAUUAAGGGCUUUACUGAGCUGGAAACUGAAUUUGACCCCAUGAAGUUUAACAGUGUUAUAGAAUGUGAGAAGCCAAACAACGAUCUGAACAGAUUUCAAGGUUACAUAAUAUACAAAAAUGAGAAGAAAGCUGGACUUUCUAAAGACAAUCUCUUACUUCGUGGAUGCACCAUUAGAAACACAGAAGAGGUUGUGGGCAUUGCGAUCUAUGCAGGCCAUGAGACUAAAGCCAUGCUAAACAACAAUGGUCCCCGUUACAAGCGCAGCAAGCUGGAGAGACAGAUGAAUGUAGAUGUCUUCUGGUGUGUUAUCAUCCUUGUCGUGAUGUGUCUUUUCUCAGCCAUUGGUCAUGGUCUGUGGGUGGCCGGAUACGGAGAUCAGCGGCCAGUAUUUGACGUCCUCAGUGCUGAUGGCACGUCCUUAUCCCCUGCAUUGUCUGGAUUAUAUUUGUUCUUUACGAUGAUAAUAGUACUUCAGGUGCUGAUUCCAAUUUCACUGUACGUUUCCAUUGAGAUUAUCAAGAUUUGCCAAGUAUUUUUCAUCCAUCAAGACGUCGACCUGUACGACGAGGAGACCGACUCCCAUCUGCAGUGCCGGGCGCUGAACAUCACGGAGGAUCUGGGGCAAAUACAGUAUAUAUUCUCUGACAAAACUGGAACACUGACGGAAAAUAAGAUGGUGUUCCGACGAUGCACAGUGGCGGGAGUCGAGUACUCACACGAUGCCAAUGCGAAGAGGUUGGCCAUGUACCAAGACCUUGACUCGGAGGAUGAGGAAUGUAUGUCCAAAUCGGAAACAAUACCAAGAUGCGACAGCACAUCCAGCCACCAGAGUGCCAAGGUUGGCCACAGAACCCAAAGCACCAAGUCCCACCGUCGGACCGGCAGUAGAGCAGAGGCGAAGAGGGCCAGCAUCCUGUCAAAGCACACUGCCUUCAGCAGCCCCAUGGAGAAAGACAUCACACCAGACCCCCAGCUGUUGGAAAAGGUGAAUGAAUGUGCCAGUCGUCUGGAUGUGUUGAGAAAACGAGGACAACCACUAAGCCACCUCACCCCUGAACUAUCUGACACCAUCGACUUUUUCAUCGCGCUGACGGUUUGUAACACCGUAAUGGUUUCGUCACCGAACCAGCCGAGGCACAAGGUUCGAGUCCGCUUUGAGCUCAAGUCUCCAGUCAAGUCCUUGGAAGACUUCAUCAAACGGUUUACCCCCAGUCGCCUGACCUCGGGCUCGAACAACAGCAGUUCCUCCAGCCUGUCCACAAGCAAGUCGCUGCACAGAAUCUCCAGCAGCACCUUGGUCUCUCCUUCCUCAGACAUUGCCUCCACAAAGAUGGGCGAAGAGUCCGGCAGAUCCCCACAGAGGGAGAAGAACGAAAAUGGCUUCCGGGCAGAGACCACGAUAGCCGAGGGGAAGGACGGGGAGUUGCGUUACGAGGCCGAGAGCCCAGACGAGGCGGCCCUUGUUUAUGCCGCCAAGGCCUACAACUGCGCCCUGGUUGGCAGACUGCCAGAGCUGGUGACCGUGGAGCUGCCCCAUGUGGGCAAGUUGGCUUUUGAACUCUUGCACACGCUGGGCUUUGAUUCCACUCGAAAGCGGAUGUCGGUGGUGGUCAGGCACCCUCUGACCGAUGAGAUUGUUGUUUACACUAAAGGAGCUGACUCUGUCAUCAUGGAUCUUCUCCAGCAACCUCCCCCAGAAGAGGACACUGCUGGCAAACGUACAAGGAAAAUCCGGAGCAAGACCCAGAAUUACCUAAACCAGUAUGCUACAGAUGGACUCCGAACACUAUGCAUCGCUAAGAGGAUCCUGCAUAAGGAAGAGUAUGCACACUGGCUGGAACACCGCUUGGAGGCAGAAUCUGCUGUUGAAAAUAGAGACGAGCUUCUGUACCAGUCAGCAGUAUGUUUGGAGACUGACCUUCAGCUGCUAGGAGCCACAGGCAUCGAAGACCGCUUACAGGACGGUGUCCCCGAAACGAUAGCUAACCUACGGAAAGCGGGUUUGCAAAUAUGGGUCCUCACCGGAGACAAACAGGAAACGGCCAUCAACAUCGCCUACUCUUGCAAGCUCCUCGGUCAAGAUGGAGAGCUCCUCACCCUCAAUGCUGAAUCCCAGGAGAGCUGCGCGGCUCUGCUGGAGCAGUGCAUAAGCCAGGUAGAAUCAAAGAGUCCUCUGAACAAACGCUCGCACGCCGCUGCAAACGGCGCGGUCGACUUUGUCCCAUCGAACGGGACCUCACCGAGCUCCGCCGCACUGCGACACAACUUCAGCUUGGUGGUCGAUGGAAGGACGCUGACCUUUGCAUUGGAGAAAACACUGGAGGACAAGUUCCUUGCACUAGCCCAAAGUUGCCGCACUGUGUUGUGCUGCCGUUCCACGCCAUUGCAGAAAAGCAUGGUGGUCAAACUGGUCCGGGACAGACUAAAAGUGAUGACCUUAGCCAUAGGAGACGGGGCCAAUGACGUCAGCAUGAUCCAGGUUGCCGAUGUUGGAGUGGGAAUCUCUGGCCAGGAAGGAAUGCAGGCUGCAAUGGCGAGUGACUUCGCGAUCGCACGGUUUCGACAUUUACAGAAGCUCUUGCUGGUUCAUGGUCAUUGGUGCUACUCCCGGCUGGCAAACAUGGUGCUUUAUUUCUUCUAUAAAAAUGCGAUGUUUGUUGCCCUUCUUUUCUGGUAUCAGUUCUUCUGUGGAUUUUCGGGUUCGACAAUGAUCGACCAGUGGUACCUUAUCUUCUUCAACCUUCUGUUUUCAUCUGUGCCCCAACUCAUCACUGGGAUACUCGAUAAAGAUGUUUCAGCAGAAACCUUGGUGGCCUUACCGCACCUGUAUAAAAGCGGGCAGCAAUCUGAGGAAUACAAGCCAUACAUGUUCUGGAUGAACAUGGUUGAUGCUCUCUACCAAAGCCUUGUCUGCUUCUUCUUUCCAUAUCUGGCUUACCAGGAUUCGGAUGUUGAUGUAUUUACUUGGGGAACGCCUAUAACUACGCUGGCCCUGUUCACGAUCAUAAUGCACCUCUGCAUUGAAACUAAAACAUGGACUUGGAUGCACGUCACCUCCAUUGCCUUCAGCGUCGUUCUUUUCUUUACCGUCGCACUGAGCUACAAUGCAGCUUGUCCUAAAUGCUACCCUCCAUCCAAUCCCUACUGGACGAUGCAGAGGUUGAUGGUGGAUCCAAAGUUCUAUCUGAUUUGUGUUCUUACUCCAAUGACAGCCUUACUACCCAGGUACCUGUACAGAGUCUUUCAAGGCACCAUGUUCCCUACUCCGACCCAGCGUGGGCGGCAACUGGACAAGCUGCGCCCUGUGGCGUGGAGUCGUUUUGGCAAGUGGACCGCGCCAGGGAAUUCUUCAGUCGUGCCAAAGCCUGACGUGGUGACCGUUGUUUCCACACGCGUUGGAGUCGGUGAUCCAGCGCCCAGCAAUAGCCAAAGUAUUCCAAUGGAUGAUGCACGCCCAACGUCCAACGGACCCAGACAUAAGCAGGCGGCGUCAGAGUUACGGGAAACCAGUCUGUCUGGUCAGGAGUUUGAAGGAAAUGUCAAACUCACCAUUCCGAAUGGCAACUCGGCAUCAACCCAAAACACACUGUCACAUGUACACAAUGUUCAGCGCAUUGAGCUAGUGACAGAACUGCCCUUUAUAGAAGAUGGCAUACCAUUGAGCCCUUACAGCGGGAUAGAACGGUCAAGUGUACCUUUACCAAACUGGAAGACAUUGACAACAUCGAUCGAUGAUACAACACAUUCUUUACAUUCCUUGUCACAGACACAAACAUUGGAAAGUGAGAUAUUUGGUUACAUGGAGCUUGAGAGUGGACAACUCUCUGAAGAAAGGCUUCAGAACCCUUCCAUCAUCUCACCCCGAAUGGUCCAGCCAAAGACAUCGGAUGAUAGUCAUCUGGAAGAGGUUCCAUUGUGACUAAAACCCGGCUGCUUAAAGUGCCUUUGUUUUACAUUUUGCACAGUAUCGGAUUCUAGUCUUAAAAAAAUUUGUAUUUAAUAUUAGAUUGUCUUCUCAUGAAUCUUUAUCAAGAGUAAAACGUAUUUUAUAAUUUGCACAUAUAGAAAAAUAUAAGGAAUAAUUGUGCAAGAUUUAAUAUAUAGUUUUCUGAAAUAGUGCUGUUUUCAAAAUGGAGUUUGUAUCACUGAGUUUCUGUUUGUCACAAAGAGUCACGAACAAGGGUUUGUAACUACAACACAAAGGGAUGAUCAUUUAAAACUGAAAAGCUUAGAAAUGUUUUCUUUCAGAUGGUAGUGAAUCUCUUUCAUUUUCGGCCCUCCAAAGGUGAUGGCAGCCUGAUCUUUUGAUAUAUUUAUGCAGAUCCAUUAAUAUUAGUAAGAUUAUGCGAUUGAGGCUUAAAGGGAACUUGCACAGAUGAAGAUUUGAGGUCAGUAUGGAUCAGCCAUGUUCAUAUGGAAUAGUGGGCAGGUUUGAAGGACCUGGUAGCGUAGUCCUGAUCUUAAUUUCUUGUGCUCAUGUACUCGAGAUGUGUCUCAUGGUCGUAGAGUCAUACCGCAUGAAAACGGGCCCUUUGGCCCAACUUGCCCAUACUGGCCAACACGUCCCAGCUACACUGGUCCCACCUGCCUGUGUUUGCUCCAUAUCCCUCCAAACCUGUCCUAUCCAUGUAAAUUUGUCUCCAAGCAAAUGUUUUCCUUGUCAUCAUUUCUCCAAACUCCAGGAGAGAAACCACCUGGAACUGAAAGGACCAAAGGGACGAUGGUCAGAAUGUUGGUGAAAGCAGAAGGCUAGUAGGGGAUGUACCUGGAUCACUACUUUAAGGGACAUUACUCUGUUCUCAAUAAGCAACACUCUACAUCUUCUGUGCACAUAUUUGUAUAUGGAUAUCCUGCCAGAUUGUCCAUCCAUGUUGGGAAAUCAAAAAUAACUCUUUUUAAAGGGGUUAACUAAGAGGUUAUGGGGAGAAGGCAGGAAAAUGGGGUUGAGAUGGAAAGAUAGGUCAGCCGUGAUUGAAUGGUGGAAUAGACUCGAUGGGUCAAAUGACUCCAUUUUGCUCUUAGAAGUUAUGAACUAAUUAGUGUAUCUGCUUCAUACUCUAAUCACAGGUUACAUGUAUGUGGUGUAUGUGAACUUUAGCGUGUCCACAUUUAUAAUGGAAACUGCCAAAGUAAAUAUUAUGUUGCCUUUGCCACUCUCUCUCUCUCUCAAGGAGAUGCUGCAGUGUCAGUUCUUGCAGCAGGGUGUAAUCUAAGCAAGAUAAAGAUUAUAUUGAAAUAGGAGUAAUGGGCCUGUCCCACUUGGCGAUUUUUUAGGCAACUGCCGGCGACUGUCAUAGUCACCGAAAAACCAGCGACAACCUAUGUCAUCCUGGUGACAACCUACGA